AUGAUGAGGAUAGACGUGGUUCUUCACAGGAGGAAGCGCAGAGACGUUCUGCUGCACAUCCUCGCUGUGGUUCUGCCGGUAUUCGCUGUGGUUCUUCUCGUCUUCUACGCUGGGAAGAGUUUUCAGGGUUCGGCUGCUGCGAGAGUCCGGCGGGAUCUCGAAAAUGUGUCUGACUGCAUCCCACCGCAGUCGUCUGAAUUUCCUGAAGGAUUCUUCACGGUUCAGGAGAGGAAGGACGGAGGGAUUCUGAUUUACUUCAUGAUCAUCUUCUACAUGCUUCUGUCCGUGUCGAUCGUGUGUAAUGAUUAUUUCCUGCCGUCUCUGGAGCUCAUCAGCGAGCGUCUCGGUCUUUCGCAGGACGUCGCUGGAGCCACUUUCAUGGCCGCCGGGAGCUCAGCACCGGAACUCGUCACCGCAUUUCUGGGUGUGUUUGUGACGAAGGGCGACAUCGGCGUGAGCACCAUCAUGGGAUCGGCCGUCUAUAACCUGCUGUGCAUCUGUGCUGCGUGUGGCCUGCUGACCUCUGCGGUGGGUCGUCUCUCCUGCUGGCCGUUGUUCAGGGAUUGUGUGGCGUAUGCCAUCAGUGUCGCCGCAGUCAUCGCCAUCAUCUCAGAUAACAGAGUUCACUGGUACGACAGCGCGUGUCUCCUGCUGGUGUACGGUGUGUAUGUGUGUGUGCUGUGUUUCGAUCUGAAGAUCAGUGAGUAUGUGAUGCAGCGCUUCAGCCCGUGCUGCUCGUGUCUGAAUAAGAGCUCGCAGGAGCGCGGCGAGCAGCAGCCGCUGGUGGGAUGGAGUGACGACAGCAGCCUCCGCCUUCAGCGCCGCUCCAGAGCCGACAGCGGCAUCUUCCAGGACGACUCGGGAUACUCCCACCUGUCACUCAGCCUGCACGGUCUUAACGAGAUAACCGAUGAGCAGAAGAGCGUGUUCACGAUGCCGGAACACGAUCUGAAGCGGAUCCUGUGGGUUCUGUCGCUGCCGGUCAUCGUGCUGCUGUUCCUGACCAUUCCUGACUGCAGGAGACGCUUCUGGAGGAAAUGCUACAUGAUCACCUUCCUGAUGUCGGCCGUCUGGAUCUCCGUCUUCACAUACGUGCUGGUGUGGAUGGUCACCGUCGUCGGAGAGACGCUGGGAAUCCCGGACACAGUGAUGGGAAUGACGCUCCUGGCGGCGGGAACCAGCAUCCCGGACACCGUGGCCAGCGUGAUGGUCGCUCGCGAAGGUAAAGCUGACAUGGCCAUGUCCAACAUCGUGGGCUCAAACGUCUUCGACAUGCUGUGUCUGGGUCUGCCGUGGUUCAUCAAGACGGUGUUUGUGGACACUGGGUCUCCGGUGGAGGUCAACAGCUCCGGUCUGGUCUUCAUGUCCUGCACGCUGCUGCUCUCCAUCGUCUUCCUCUUCGUGGCCGUUCACAUCAACGGCUGGAAGCUGGACUGGAAGCUGGGUCUGGUGUCUCUGGUGUGUUAUGUGCUCUUCGCCACGCUGUCCAUCCUCUACGAGCUCGGGAUCAUCGGGAACAAUCCCAUCCGCGCCUGCGGUGACUGAUGCAGCACUGCCACGAUACACGGCUGGAUAUAAGAGCUAACGAUCGCGUGAGGACUGCGGCGGUCGAGAGAGCUCAAAAACAAACACAUGCAAGUUAAGAAAACAUCUUCAUCAAUUUGACAACACGUGCGCUGCAAAUACAACACAAAUAAAGAAAUGUGCUGCAGUGUUUUAGGGGACCGUAGCGUGACUUACACGGCUGGGACGUUCUGACCAGUGUUUGCUCUGAAAGGUGAGAUUUCGGUUUAUUUUGACAUCUUGUGGCUAACUUACUUUUACAACUUCCCUUAUAAAAAUGAACCAUAGCCUAUCGUUAAAUACAUUUAUUAUAGAAAAAGUACAUGCAAACAAAAAAUGGUUACUAUAGUUGAACCAUGGUGGCACAAAAAAAAAAAAAAGUAACAGUAUCUUCAUGUUCAAAAAGGAAAAAAUAAAAUAAAAUAAAAUUUGGCUCUUAUAAAUUGCAUAAAUAAUGCAUAGUAUCAUGAAAUCCACAUAAUAAUAUUUAAAAAAUUAUAAAAAUGUAUUAAAUUGAUUUUAAAUUAACCAUGGAUUUACUACACUAACCAUAGUUUAACCAUGGUAUCUGUACAACUGUGGUUAUACAAAUGGAACUCAAAAUGGCAAAAAAAAAAAAAAAAGGUAAAUUUUCGUGUUGUUGGGGUAAUUUGGUCUGUGCUACUUGCGCGUUUCUUUAUUUGUUUGUGUUGCGAGUCUUUGCAGCAUUUGUGUUGUCAAACUGAUGAAGAUGUUUUCUUGAUUUGCUGGUGCUUUUUCUGUUUGCAUGUGUUUUCUGUAGUUACAGUGCGUUGAGCUCUCGCCCACCGUAGAGGACACUUCAUGGACAUAAAAAUGAAAGGUUGUGACUUUUUUUUCAGUGCAUUGAUUUUACAAUCAAGCUCAAGCACAUCAGUGCAUCACUGCUGCGUGUUCAUUCCUGUCACCAUGGUCCAUGAUUCUGCAACAAGGGAUGCUUUUGACCUCACUGUAUCAAACACUUACAUUAAAGAAUAAUAUAUUCACAUACAAAUGUUCUUUUAUGCUCUUUAAAACUGACUUGUCAUAUUUUAUUUUAUAUGCAAUAGUUUGAUUUCAAUCGUGUUAAACAGCAUCAUUUACCAUCACAUCAUUAAAAGACAACUAUUUUUUUAUUUAAACAAUAUGGAUGAAGUAGAAAUUCCUAGACUGUAGGAAUUAAAACAAACAAACAAACAUCUUCAUGUUCAAAAAUGGCCGUGGAAAAAAUUGCUCCUAAAAGUUGUAUAAAUAUUGCAUAGUACACUGAAAAUAAAAAAAAAAGAUUAAUUGAAUUUGCUAAAUUUUAUUGGUAACACUUUACAAUAAGAUGUCAUUUGUUAACAUUAGUUACUGUAUUAACUAACAUGAAGAAACAAUGAACAAUGCAUUUAUUACACUAUUUAUUAUUGUUUCUUCAUGUUAGUUCACAGUGCAUUAACUAAUAUUAACAAACACAACUUGUGAUUUUAAUAAUGCAUUAGUAAAUGCUGAAAUUAACAUUAAGUUGAAUAAAUGCUGUAGAAGUAUUGUUCAUGUUUACUAAUGUAGUUAACUAAUGAGCCUUA